CUGUGAUUUGUGAACUUAGCGGCAAAAGCCAAAAUGUCAGUGUUUGUUAUUUUGUGAAAAUAAAUAAGUUUAUCUUAGUUUUUAAGUGUAAAUUAAUUUUGAAAAGUGUUCACGGAUUCCGAUAUCCAUAAUGCCAAACAAAGAAGGCAGUAAAGUUCAAAGUGCUGAAACUAAGGUUCCACAGACAACAUCUGUUAGUGCACUGCCAAAAACAAAGGUGGCGGGUAAGGAGGCGGUGGUGUCGCCGUCUGCGCCGGCGCCGGCUGCGGAGCGCACCGAGCUGCUGGGCUCGCUCACCACGCUACAGCAGCAGAGGACCAGUGCCAGGGUCAUCAAAAAGCUGCGACUGGAGCCACCGCCCGAUAGGGACAAACGGCCAGAGAUACAAGAAUGCGAGACACCAAACAAAAUAGACGACAAGGAGUUAAAGUUCCCCACGGUGAAGCAGCGGAUGCCCAAAGCCCUCUGGUCUACAGACGAGAAGAACCUGUUCUUCGAAGCCCUCAACGAGUGCGGCAAGGACUUCGACGCGAUCACCUCGUACAUCUGCGCUAAGAUGAAGAAGAAGGGCAUGCCUGAUGUGAAUCUCAAGACGAAGACCCAAGUCAGCCACUUCUACUACAGGACGUGGCAUAAGCUGUCCAAGCAUGUGCACUUUGGUGAGAAUGUAAAAAAGGUGGCGCAGGAGUUGUACGCGUUGAUAAACUACGGCGAACUACGCAAGAAGCUUGUGUCAGUGAAUGAAAAGACGUGCGCGCGGCUCGGAGAGAUGGUGUUGGGUGGCAGCAUGGUGGUGCGCGCGCGCGGGAGGAACCUGCGCGUGCGCACGCCCAUGUGUCGCGCGCUUCGGAGACUCAACCAAAUCACAGAGCUGGCGUGCGGGUCGCGCGUGUGCGGGCGCGCGCAGGUGUCGCUGCACGCGCGCGACGCGGGCGCGUGGGCGCGCGUGCAGGCCGCCGCGCACAACCCGCGCGCCGCGCUGCUCGCGCCCGCGCGCACGCGCCUCGCCGCGCUGCUGCGCGCGCUGCAGCUGCGCUGGCGCAACCACCCAAAACACAGUAGACACUCGCAGAACAUGUAUUUGAAAACGGAAGACUCACCAGCCAGGGAGGAGGAGUACCAGGAGGUGGCACGCUGCGAGGACCGGAACGAAGAACGAGAAGAUCUACCUCACCAUCUUAAGCUGGAACCAGAAAGGCUUAUUGUACAAGAACAGAGACAGGGCAGAAAGCUGGCGCUGCACGUGGGUCCUCGGCCCGGCGCGGAGAUCCACCUGCCGCUCGUGAGCCCCAGCGAGCAGCUGUCCAGCCAGAAGAUCUGCUUCUCCUCGUAUCUCGAGAGGAUGGGCUCCCAGCGCAGAGAUAAAGACCGUGCCUCAAAAAUAAGAACACCAAAACGCCAAAGAAAAGACAGUGCAACAGACAAAGAUGUAGAGCAGAAGAAAUUCAAAAUGGACGAGCAAGAACCGAAACUAAUGAAUAUAGAGGAGACUGCCAUAGACGGCAUCGAAUUAAUGGCUUCCUACAAACACCAUGUAGAAGACGAGGAGAAACCUAGUACUGAGGAUGAGAAAGAGGUAAAAUCUGAGGAAACUGCUGAGGAAGAAGGAGAAAACAUGCCAGAGAGGGACAAGGAUAUGUCCGAGAAAGAAAAAGACAGCUUCUCUGAAAUGGAGGAUGAUGAAAAGUUCAAUAAGAGUGAUACUGAUAAUGAGAGUGACCAGGGGAAAAGUGAUAAGGGGAAGGAGCAUAAGUUCAAGAAUUUGAAGGUAAAAUUUCGGUUGCAUCCGAAAAAGCGCGGUGGUAGUAUAUACACAUUGGUGAUGGACAACCAAGACGAGCCGAAAAUCGACGAACCGAUCAAAACUGAGGAUGAACCGGCCAAAGUGGAAGAUGAACCAACCAAACCGGAAGAGGACAUGAAGGCCGACGUAGACGUGGAGAUGGCGCUACGUCAGAUCCGGAAGGGCUGGAGUGUGUACGACGCAGGUGACUUGACCAUUGGAGACCUAUAUCUGAUGUUUGGUUCACGUUCGAAGCUCGAAUUGGACUACUGGUGGGCGGAGCCAACGUCGCCACUACCCCAACCCGCCAAGACUAAAGACGAGAAGGACAAACAUAUCGAGAAGAAAGAGAAGGCGGACAAGACGCCUGACAAGGGUGACAGCUCCGUGGAGGACGAGAGAGGGGCGCGGGAGAGUGACAACGACAUGUUCUCGCCGAAGAACACCUUCAGCCAAGAUAGUAAUGACGGCCUGUCAGGGGACGAGAGGAAAGGUGAGCAGCUAGCGUCCCCGGAGCACAAGUCGUCGAGCGCGUGCAGCGGCUCGCUCAAGCUCAUCAGCAAACUGAUCAACCGGCCGCUGCCGCAGGCGCCGCCCACCGACGCGGGCUUCUCGCAACUCAGUGAGAGACUGAAGCGCCUGCUGGCGCUGGCGGGCAACCCGCACGUGUCGGCCCUGCCCGGCGCCAUCGCACGCUGCGACUGCGGACACGUCUGCGGACAGCAGCGGAAACAGGUGUCGGCGCCCCGCGCCUGCCCGCGCGGCGGCGCGGCGGGCGGCGUGUUCCGACACCCGCCGCCCAUCGCGCCGCGCCCGCAGCAACAGGCGCCGCGUGCGGUGAGCCUGGAGGGUCUGCCGCGCUGGCGGCGGCGCGUGCCGUCGCGCGUGGUGGUGCAGCGCCUGCUGCCGCUGCUGCCCAAGCUGCCGCCGCCCAGCAAUUUAAUACCAGUAAAGAUAGUUCCGAACUCGCCGCCUCCGCCGCCGAAGAUACUGCCCAAACCACCACCGCCUACCACCAGCUCGGACAUGUCGUUCUUCUACGUGCUGAGCGAGUCGAACGGACAGUUCUACUUCCACGACGGCGACCGGCGCAUCCCUAUCACCAUCCCGAAUAAUGGAGCCGACGCCGUGCACGAAGAAAGCGAAGAAGAGGACCUCGGCGAAGAGAUGAGACCGUCCGUCGACGUGAAGUCGGAAGCGACGAGUACCAUUAGCUCGAAGGAGGGCGAGGGCGGAAGUGAGCCACACGUCGAGCACAGAACCGACGGCGCUGACAUCGGACACUUCCUGCCGUCGGAGUCGAUGUCCCUCUCCCCGUCGCGGCUGCUGCGCGACGCUGAGGGCUGGCUGGAGGGCUCCGUGCAGGACUUCUCCCUCAGCAGCUUCCUGGGACACCUGGAGGGGCGACCGCAGCCUGACCUGGCUGUGGAUUCCCAUCUGCAGUCUCUGAUGGCGGAGUCGAGCGUGGACUACGUGGCGAAGUUCGCAGACCUGGCCGCCGAAGUCACUGACGAAGCACACCCACUGCAGAACGACGAUCUCACUUAAUUUGUAUCGACCUUACUAACAAACGUUAAAACUAUAUACAGGCUCAUUUCGACAUAGCGUUAAUAAAUGAAACCACAUACUACUUGGAAGUAACACUUUACAAUAAGUUACAUGAGCCAUAGAUGUAAAAUAAAAAAUUGUCAGUUUCGAACAAAUUAAAUAUUAAUAAAAUGUAAAUAUAAUUUUAUGGGCCGAAUGCCACUACUACUACUCUGAGAGAAUUCGUCGUAGCGUCAAAAUAAUACUUUCAGUUAGAACUACACUCACGCACACGCUAUAUUCGCUCUAAACUCCAAAAUGAUCAAUAAAUCAAAAAACUAAAACCAGGAUUUUUGGUGAACAUAUUCGUUAUUAAUGGAUGAUCUUUGGCACAAUGUUAGCAAAUGUUAAGUCGAGGAUAUAGUUUCAUUUAGUAACGCUAUGUCAAAAUGACCCUGUAUAUAAUGUAUUGUCUUGACAACGAUACUUGACGACGAUACUCGACAUAGCAAGCCAAAACGCUGAAGAAUUAUCAAUUGUUUAGUAAAGCAAAAUAUAUGUAUUAUUAGUGUGAGGUACCAGCUUCGGGUAUCGAUAGUCGAUAGCGGAUAGUGGUACGAAUUAUAAACAAAAGUAUUAAAUUUAACGGGCGAUUACAAUAAACGAUUUUAAUAAAAGUUCCUUUGGAUAAAUAACUACAAUGGACCGAUCAGAAUGAAGUUUAACAUGCUUACAGAUAAUUUAUUUUGAUUGAUGUUUGCAAUUGACCCAAAAAUUGGGAUCGUUUAAUAAAAUCGACGGUAAAGUGUUUUACAAUAACUGCGACGUCAUAUAUGAAUUAAGUUUCGAUUUUUAAUCAAUGUUUUUAUAUUUUACAUACCCGUGACGUCAUGCGUGCAAUUACGGAGUUAAAUCAAAACGACACUGCAUAUUGUUAUAGAAGAAAAGCUUUAAAAACUCUGUCGUAGUAAUUACGGCAUCGAUACUAAACAGUAUCGAGUAUCGAUACCCAGAUCAACAUUUUAUGGAUUAUUACUUUUAACUAAUAAAAGGAAAUAUCAACAAACAGUAGAAUACCCUCGGCAGCAUAUUAUCGAACCUUAGUUAUUAU